GGCCGACGCGCUGCGUCCAGAGGGUGGCCUCAGCCCCGCCCCCGCCCCCGCCGGGUCCCGUCGGCUACCGUCCCGCAGCGUCCCGCACGCGGUCUCCUCGCACCCUCCCGGCACCUGAGGCUCGCCGGUGCUUCCAGCGCAGCCAUGGCUCGGCACUUCUCCCUGGCCGCCUGCGACGUGGUCGGCUUCGACCUGGACCACACUCUGUGUCGCUACAACCUGCCCGAGAGCGCCGUGCUCAUUUAUAAUAGCUUUGCUCAGUUCCUGGUCAAGGAGAAAGGGUAUGACAAGGAAUUGCUAACGGUGACGCCAGAGGAUUGGGAUUUCUGUUGCAAGGGCUUGGCACUGGAUCUGGAAGAUGGCAACUUCCUUAAAUUGGCAGAUAAUGGCACCGUGCUCAGGGCAAGCCACGGCACAAAGAUGAUGGCUCCAGAGGCGCUGGCGGAGGAGUACGGCGGCAAGGAGUGGAAGCACUUCCUGUCUGACACGGGAAUGGCUUGCCGAUCAGGAAAAUAUUAUUUUUAUGAUAACUACUUUGACCUGCCUGGAGCUCUUCUCUGUGCCAGAGUGGUGGACUCUUUAACAAAGCAGAACAAUGGUCAAAAAACCUUUGAUUUUUGGAAGGAUAUAGUUGCUGGUAUACAACACAACUAUAAAAUGUCAGCUUUUAAGGAAAACUGUGGAAUAUAUUUUCCAGAAAUAAAAAGAGAUCCAGGCAGAUAUUUACACACGUGUCCUGAAUCUGUGAAAAAGUGGCUUCGACAGCUAAAGAAUGCUGGGAAAAUUCUUUUGUUAAUUACAAGUUCUCACAGUGAUUACUGUCGACUUCUCUGUGAAUAUAUUCUUGGGAAUGAUUUUACAGAUCUUUUUGACAUUGUGAUUACAAAUGCAUUGAAGCCUGGUUUCUUCUCCCAUUUGCCAAGUCAAAGGCCUUUCUGGACGCUUGAAAAUGAUGAGGAGCAGGAGGCCCUGCCAGCUCUGGAUAAGCCCGGCUGGUACUCUCAAGGGAACGCCGUCCACCUUCAUGAACUCCUGAAGAAAAUGACUGGCAAAAGUGAGCCCAAGGUCGUUUACUUUGGUGACAGCAUGCAUUCAGACAUUUUCCCAGCCCGUCAUUAUAGUAAUUGGGAGACAGUUCUCAUCCUGGAAGAGCUCAGAGGGGACAGAGACGGGAAGCCUGAAGAAUCAGAGCCUCUAGAGAAGAAAGGAAAAUACGAGGGACCAAAGGCAAAGCCUCUAAAUACACUAUCUAAAAAAUGGGGCUCUUUUUUUCUUGAUUCGGUUUCGGGACUAGAAAAUACAGAAGACUCAUUGGUUUAUACGUGGUCUUGUAAGAGAAUCAGUACUUACAGCACUAUUGCAAUUCCAAGUAUUGAAGCAAUAGCAGAAUUACCCCUGGACUACAAGUUUUCAAGGUUCUCUUCAAGCCAUUCAAAAACUGCUGGCUACUAUCCAAACCCUCCAUCGAUCUUAUCAAGUGAUGAGACACUGACAACCACAUAAACUGCCUCUACUGAAAAACGGAGAAACAUAUAUGCAGCAAAUAUACUGUAAAAAUAUUAAUUUUUGAAAAAUACUGUAAAAUGCUUUAUAGGAACAAAUUCCUAAUGAUAACCAAGAAUUAGAUGCUUUUCCAUAAGUCUCCUUUCUGUAUAGAUCAUCUUGAUGCCCAGCAACUCUCAUUAUAUUAAAGUCUCAGUGUCUUAGAACUGAAAAGAACCUUAUUAAUAUUUUCUAUACCAGUAAUUCUGAGAUUAGGAUUCAUCUGGGCAGAUACACACACACACACACACACACACACACACACACACAUUCAUACAUACACACAUAUAUACACAUAUUUACACAUAUGUCUAGACCAAUGGUUCUCAAAGUGGUGUCCCCAAACCACUAACACAGCAUCACCUGAGAAUUUGAUAGAAAUACAGAUUUGCAGGCCCCACCCCAGACCUGCAGAAUCAGAAACUCUGGGAAUGCAACUCAGCAACCUGUGUUUAAUAUUAGUGUGAUUCAUAUAUAAAAGUUCUAGAAUCACAGGCCUAGACCAUAACUCCAGAUUGGUUUAAUUGGUCUGGGAAUAGAGAUGCACACUGACAUCUUUUACUUGCCAGGAAAAUGCAGCCAGAAUUGAGAACAACGGAACUAUAUGUGUUCUUCCAUAUAUAGCAAAAAAGCAGGGUCCAUUGAGAAUAAAUGAUUUUUCAAGCUAUCAGGUUUUAUGCUAUUUUUAUGUUUUCCAAAACAAGGAGGUAAAGAGGAUUUCUUCUGACGCCACACAGCCGGUGUAGGACAUAAAUGAGAUGAGAAGCCAACUAAUUCAGCCUUCAGUGUUACUCAUCAGGGUUUUUCCUCCCUCUAAUAACGUUAAAGGUUCUAUAAUUUUCAUUCACUUUAAGGCAUGUAUUCUCAAUGGGACAAAAUUGGUUCUUGAGGUGAAAAAGAAGUAGAUAAUGCAAUGUAUAGUGGCCCUUCAAAACUCAACCCUACCCAAUAAAAUCUUAUUCUUUAGUAUUAAUUUCUCUCACUAAGGAGAAAUAUAAAGUUAAACUUACUAAUUAAAUUUAAUUUGGUUAAAUUUAAUUUUUCUCAGGGAGCAGUGUGGUAAUGAAAAACAGGUUGAGAAAAAUGCUGUAAGAGGUUUUAGAGUUAUCCUGCAAUCCAGGAGUACUGUGUUCUGAGUGCUCUGUAUAGUCCUAUUAUAGUAGCUACUUACGCCGACAUGUUUGGAGCCGGGUGUUUACAUACAUUCCUGCCUAUUCUUUAUGCUGUAAUUUCAGUUUGUCCAUCAUGGACAGUAUCAGAAAACACACUAGUCCCUAUCAUUAUUUUACCUGGAUUGUAGCAAAGAAUUUAGCAUAUUGAUACAUGCAAUGAAAAGAUUUCAUUAAAUUUUUAAAUGCUCAAAUAAUCCCAAAUGUAUUGUGGGAAUGAGUAUCUCAGGGUAGAUAAACAGUUACUGAAAUUUUUUCCUCAAUGUCAGUAGCUCUGUUUGGUCUCUACUAAUAAGUAUAUGGUAAUGUAUUUAAAAUUGACUUCCAAAAUCUUAUUGGAGGACAAUAAUAAACACACACAAUCAGCUUACAGCUAAAUGAGAGCUGUCUCAUGUGUACAAAUAUAUUUAAUUUCUUUAAAAAUAAAGCUAUUUUUCGUUA